AGCGUGCGCGCCACCUCGGGAGGAAAACCCGUUCGCGACAUGUGUGGGACAUAAUGGUGGAUAGGUAGGGAAUACACUUUAGCUCAGCAGGAGCUGCUCAUCAACUGUUGAACCAUUUCCAGUUGUUGCCUUGGACUCUUCGAUACUUGGGACUUAAUUUCUGCCCGCUGGCGUAGCCUGCUCGAAUCGAUCGACGCCCUGGACCGCAACAAAAUGCCGAAUAUCAAAAUAUUCAGUGGUAGUUCACAUCCUGAUCUGUCGCAGAAAAUAGCAGACCGACUGGGUCUCGAGCUGGGGAAGGUUGUUACGAAGAAAUUUAGCAACCAAGAAACAUGCGUGGAGAUAGGAGAGAGUGUACGUGGGGAAGAUGUCUACAUAGUGCAGAGUGGCUGUGGGGAGAUCAAUGACAAUUUGAUGGAGCUGCUGAUCAUGAUCAACGCCUGCAAGAUUGCCUCUGCCUCCAGGGUCACAGCUGUCAUCCCCUGCUUCCCAUACGCCCGUCAAGACAAGAAGGACAAGGUGGGGAGCCGUGCUCCUAUCUCUGCCAAGCUGGUGGCCAACAUGUUGUCUGUGUCAGGCGCAGACCAUAUCAUCACUAUGGAUUUGCACGCCUCACAGAUACAGGGAUUCUUUGAUAUCCCUGUUGACAACUUGUAUGCAGAGCCAGCUGUACUAAAGUGGAUUAAAGAGAACAUACCAGAGUGGAAAAAUUGCACCAUCGUCUCACCUGAUGCUGGAGGAGCAAAAAGGGUCACUUCAAUAGCAGACAGGCUGAAUGUGGACUUUGCACUUAUCCACAAAGAGAGGAAAAAGGCAAAUGAGGUGGACCGCAUGGUUCUUGUUGGAGAUGUGACGGAUCGGGUUGCCAUACUUGUAGAUGACAUGGCCGAUACAUGUGGCACAAUCUGCCAUGCUGCUGACAAACUUAUUUCUGCAGGUGCAACCAAGGUGUAUGCAAUCCUAACCCAUGGCAUCUUCUCUGGCCCUGCAAUAUCACGGAUAAACAAUGCAUGCUUUGAGGCUGUGGUGGUCACUAAUACAAUCCCUCAGGAGGAGAAGAUGAAGCAUUGUCCAAAAAUACAGGUUAUAGACAUCUCCAUGAUCCUUGCAGAGGCCAUCCGCAGAACUCACAACGGCGAGUCUGUGUCCUAUCUGUUCAGUCACGUCCCCUUGUAACAAAGUGUCAUGCAUCCACUUCUGCCUGUUACGCCAAAUAAGAGAAUAGGGAAUUCCCCACCUAAUACGCAACCAUUAGCAAAGAGGUUCUUUUAACUAGCCAUGAGAAAAUAGAAGGAACCGUCAUGUCUGUUACUACCGCUGACCCCACCCGUGUGAGCCCCUUUCCUUCUCCGCAGUGUCCAUGUCAAGGGCAGCAAAGCAACCGCAAUCUACCUAUUUAGGCCAGCGUAUUUAUUGUAUUUGGAUAAAUAGGUGUUUAUCCACUGUGAACUUUGUCUCACAUAUCAUAAAAUGUAUAAUCAGAGUUUCUCCUCCUGACCAUCUCGCCUCUCCAGGAGUCAUUUCAAUCUGUUUUCUAAGAGCUUAUAAACAUCUUCCCGGCGGUUUCCAGUGGUCAGGAGAAGCACCUGCCAUAUAAAGCUAUUACAGUGCUUUUUGUUACAAUAAACGGGUGUAGUUUUUCAAUGUUGCUCUUGUAUAUCUUGCUGUUUGAGAGAUUACAAUUAAUGAAGUGAAUGUGUAUUGAACUGCUGUACAGUGCCACUGAAGCUCCACUCAACCGAGAGUGCCUCAACAGUCUGAAAUGAAACAGCUUCUUCCUCCACUCCUUUUUUUCCUCCCUCCUUUUUAGCUGUUUUUAUUUUAUUUGUUCUCAUUAAUGAAGAAUUUAGAUGUGUCCAUCAGAAUGUAGGAAAUGUUUUGGAGUGUUCCUGUCAACUCUUGAGGUGCCCUCUUUGAGUGGGGUUUGCCCAGUGUCCAGGGUUCACCCUGUGUGGUUCUCCUUUUGAAGGUCUGUCUUUAUAGAAGCUGUGGGGUUUUUAGUUUGGGGUCUCUGCAGGCUGGAGCUUCCUUCAGAAAUGUUCACCUGCUUUUUUUGUGUGCUUUUUUUCCUGUGUUUUUAAAUGUUUUGGAGGAAGGUUUUGUGGUAUGUGUGCAUUUCAAGCCUUCAUGUUUACUUUUCCAGUAGGGUGAAUGCACCAAUCAUUUGAUGAUGCGUUCUUAAUCUAAUUAAAAUGAUUUAAAAUCGUAAUGCUGGU